AUGAGUACCUCCUCUCCACUCGAGGUUCCUCCCCUUUCCGAUUUCCCGUCGAAGCCGGAGGAACUCGAACACCCACCUCAACCCUCAACUAUUUACGAUUUAACCCGGCUUCCUAAUCCACCUAACGACUGGUCACAUUUCAAUGUCAAGUUCGAAAGUGUUGCACUGGGUCAUAGUCGUUCCUUGAAGCUCCCGCAGGUGCAAGUGUUGAUGAAACAUUACUUCUGGGGAAUCAAGUAUGAGGAAACGACCAAGACCGCCAUGACGACGAGGAAGAAGCAGAAUCUCAAGGUUCUACAGAUGUUUCUGUUCAAGCUCAUCUACUACAUGCAAGAACGCCAUCGUCCGAAGACUUGGCUUGAAAUGCUCAAUAUCAACCGAGACACUGGACCACGACUCUUGAGAUACGACCUUGAUCCGCGCCCAAGGCCACUCAGUAGGUGGUACACUUCUCUUCCUGAUGUGAGCACGCCUAUCUUGAAUGCGUACAUACGCCCUCUGGACGCGCCCCCAGACAUGCCCGACUACCUUAUCCAACAAUAUAUGUACUCAGUUGAUAGCUUGUACACACCACCUCCACCACCUCCACCUCCAGCGCCAACACUCGCUGCGCAACAAGAGGAAAUCCUUCGUAUGGAACUGUUGCAACACAUGAACCCAGGAGUCGAAUUUACACCAGCCUAUUCAUUGACCGAUCCGCCGGGUACGAAAAUAACGGGCCCUGAACCCGGCCAAAAACGGGGUCCAGAUGAAAGCAGUGAGCCCCGUAGGAAGCGCUCGAGACAAAUUUCACCUGGUGCCCCUGCUUACCGAGGUCGCCCUCGUUCCCCUACUCCGCCGUUUCAAGAGCCUGUCUUUGCUGCUGACGAAAUCACAACUUUCACCUGGACGCCUGGUCUGGCACCUUCCCAUACAGUGGCCCCCGUUGGAAAGCACCAAUUGAGCCCCCUUGCCCCGAAAGUCCCAGGCCCAGUUGACACGCGAGUGCUUACGGAUGCCAUAGAACGAGCUGUGAUGCAGAUUGUAUAUGCAGAUUUGGAACGCGAUCCCUCCAUUCCAUCUACUGAGAAACCUAUUCGCCACGGGACCGCCCAGUCAUACCAAGAUAUCCUCAAGCUGAAACUUGGAUCAUUCCCCACCACAGCAAAUGUGAAGUUGUCGCCAUUGACGUUUGAUUGGGAUCCAAAUGGCACUUUGUUUCCGGUCCGGGGCCGCGGCCCUAUCUGGGACGCAAUGUCUUGUGCGACGGAUGCUGUUAUUGUAGCGGGAAUGCUACUCGAUGCUGGUUGUACCAAGAUAGAUCGCGCAAACAAUCGAGCAGCUGAGUUCAAGGAUAUUGAAAAAGCAUUCAUUGAAGUGACAAUGGCCAGCUGGGAGACCUUCGAUGAUAAGACUUCUAUAUUUGUGCGUGACGAGUGGCUCCGUAUGUUUAUGGAGGGGUCACCCGGCUUGAAAAUGGGACAACCGAUUCCUCCUUGGGCGGUAUGGUCAGUGGCCACGAGAAGCUUCGCCCAAUUCCGCUAUUUCCACGUUGAGCGAGUGACCCCUUGCAAAUGUCAGCGCGAGAUUCCGUUUUACAACUCCCAUCAAGGGUCCUGCAUUUUACCCGGGUACCAACCGGGCGAUGAAAACGGAGUAGAACUGCAAGUGUUGAUUGAGCGAUGUUUCUACCCACGGAAAUCUUUCAAAUGUGACAAGUGUGGUGACCCGACAGGAGUCACUGGAGAACGAAAGAUUGGUCAACUCCCGCUGCGUCUGGUGGUAACCUCUGAUGUCAAGACGCGAAUCCGAAACCACACGCAGAAUCUCAAGUUCAAUUACAUAGACUAUGAAGACAAGCAACAGAUCGCACACUAUCGUUGGCUUGGCGGCAUCUAUAACAACGAAUCCCAUGCUCGCCUUUUUUGGACAGAUACGCAACGAGGCGAGAAAGAUGAUGGAAAUCUUAUGAUGUACGACAGCCAAGUCAAUUCCGGGGUUCUGAUCGGUGGAGUCCCAGGAUUUCAACCUGAAGAAAGAGUACCCACUGAAUGGGUCAACCAUCAUGCUAUUCCACUCCUUUUCUAUGAGCGAAUCAUGAACCCCACCACAGACAUCCUGUUAAAGGCCAACAACGCGAUGUUCGAGGUAAGCACUUGCGUGGAGGAGAACAAGAAUGUCCUCGAAGCACACAUCCCUUGGAAGCGAUCAACUCCUCCGUUGCAGCAGGAGUCAUGGCCUCGUAUACUUUCAUACAACGGUGAACGCUUCAGCAGUUUCAAUCCCGGCUGGGCAACAGCGCAACCAUCCCCCAACCUAGCCGCUGCACAGACUGCCACGCCCACUAUAACACCCGCCGCUCCCAUUGACCCGGCGCUUAUUGAUCCGGCGCUACUCGAUCCGGCGCUUUUCGAUCCGGCGGUCCUUGACCCAUCGCUCAUUGAUCAAUCGAUGUAUUCCACCACCACACCUCCGGAAUUCGACUUGUCCUCAUUCAUUGACGUACCAAUGAUGGAUGAAGAGCCGAUCAUUGAUCAAGACGUAACUGAGGAUCCCACCCAAAACCCUAUGUUCGACUCGAUGAUGCAGAGUCCACGCUGGGUCGCUCCAAAUCCUGACAUGUGGCCUUCAGGUAUGCCUGAUGAGGAAGGAGCUCUGGACUUCCCCGAACUGCCUAUGACGCCCUACCUAGGCAAUCGCAAGGGCGCUGCGUGGUCAGAUAUUCCCAUGCGAGAUGCAAAUGGGAUUAUCCCUGGGCCUCGAAACCGGGUCUUCCGCACUACGCACGGUAUUGAACUCCAGAGGUCUGCGAUGGCAAACUACGCUAUUGCUAAGCAGGCGCUAAGUGCAAGUGAGAAGGAGGCUCUGCGUGCAGAAAGGAUGCGUCUAUUCAGGGCAAAGCAGAGAUUUAGUGAUGCAGAGGACGAAGAGGAAGAAGAGAAAGCCGACCAAGAGAGAGAUCGACCGAGAGAGGAUAGAGAGGGGCUCGAUAAGAAGAAACAAGAGGAGCUCGACAAGAAGACAAGAGAGGAGCGGGGAAAACAGAAAGAGCUCGAAAAGAAGAGAGAACAGGAAAAACAAGAAAGUGAAGUACUGGCGAAAGAACCGGAGAAAGACCAGAAAUGGACGAUAGAGGAGUCUUGUAAACAGCAACGAAAGGAAGAACAGAAGAAAGAGGAGGAGAAGCCGAAGGUAUCAAGAAGACCGGGGUUGAGGAAUUCGAGGAAGAAGAACACCGAUCCGACGUGGAAGCCUGGUGAUAGUGGAGAUGAAGCAGAUUUGUGA